CUCGAAAAGAUCAUAUACACUCUUGAGUCGAGUCUCUUGGCCCAGCCAUACUCGUUAAUAAGCGCGCACAAAGUUCAGUCGAGUUUGGAGCAUUCGAAAAUUCGAUACGCGUGAAAUAGGCAGUGGCUUCGCAGCAUCCGAUCGCGUCGUAGCGCCUUCGAUAAUUACAUUUUUCUCGCGCUCUCGAAAUCCAUAAUAUACACAUUCGUUCGCGGCUGGAACUCGAACGAAUCCGAAUAACGCGAGAGAAUUAGGAUACGAUAAUUUAUCGGUUUGCCGCGGCGGAAUCUUGCAAAUUAGUAUCCAAUACAGUGCUAAAGAAGCGGCCGCAGGGGAAACCGGUCUUGAAAAAAGUCUCAGCUGUUGUUUCGCACGCAGACCGAAGAUCAGCAGCGAGAGAAGAUCGCGAUCCCACUUGUCGAUUUACAUGACGAAAGAUAAUACACUCGCAGAAGGAUGGAGAGGCUGCGCAGCUCGUCCUUUUCGCUGCUCGUUCUCGUAGUGGGCCUCGUCGUCGUCGUCAGCUGCGAUUCCGCUGCAGCAGCCGCGGUCGAAGAGAGCAACAACUGCACGCUACCGGCUUACUUUCUCUGCGCCAACGGCAGAUGCAUCUCUCACUCGUUCAAGUGCGACAGCGAGGACGACUGCGGCGACAAUUCGGACGAGCGCGACUGCGGAAAGCCAUUACCGAUCUUUGCCGACGCCUGCAAAGAGAACGAGUUCCAGUGCGCCGAUCGCUUCCACUGCAUACCCAAAGACAAUUACUGCGAUAACAAGAAAGACUGCUUGGACGGCAGCGACGAGGUCGAAAACUGCCGCGCGAACAAAACAUGCAAAGCCCCGUACGAUCACGAGUGCAAGGACGUGGCGGGCCACUGCAUAAUGAAGGAGUGGCUGUGCGACGGCCUGAACGACUGCGCCGACGCCUCGGACGAGGAGAACUGCGACGGCUACGGGGCACCGAUCACGGCGGCCUCGUGCACGAGCUCGGCCCAGCGACACCUGUGCAGCAACGGGCGCUGCAUCAACCUCGAGCUCGUCUGCAACGGCCAGGACGACUGCGGCGACGGCAGCGACGAGCAUCGCGACAACUGCGCCAAGGCCCGGCUCGAGUGCGCCAAGAUGCAGCCCCCCUGCCAGUUCAAUUGCUCGGCCACGCCGCAGGGCGUCGCGAGGUGCGUCUGCCCGAGCGGCUUCAAGCCCAUCGCGGCGACGGGUAAAUGUCAGGAUAUCAACGAGUGCGAAACUUACGGCGUGUGCGAGCAGAUAUGUCGCAACGGCAACGGCACGUAUCAGUGCGACUGCGAGUACGGCUACGUUCUCCAAGACGAUCGCAGGAGCUGCAAGGCCGAGUCCGGCGAAGCGCUGAUGAUUUUCGCCUCGAAGACGUCGAUAAGGGGCUACUAUCUCGAGUCCAAGGUGUACUUUCAAAUAGCCAACAAUCUGCAGCACGUGGUGGGGGUUUCGCUGGACUCGAACUACGUCUACUGGUCGGACAUACAGCUCGGGGACGAGGCCAUCUUUCGCAGCCUCGAGGACGGCACGAAGCGCGAGGUGAUCGUCACGGCGGGCCUCGGCUGCCCGGAGGACAUCGCCGUCGACUGGGUCACCGGCAACAUCUACUUCACCGACAGCAUGUACAAGCACAUCGGGGUCUGCAGCAAGGGCGGCGCCUUCUGCACGGUCAUCGUCAAGGAGAACACGGAGAAGCCGCGCGGCAUCGCUCUGCUGCCCUCCGAGGGCAAAGUGUUCUGGAGCGACUGGGGCGAGAAGCCGCACAUAUCGCUGGCCUACAUGGACGGGAGCAAUCGCACGGCCUUCAUAAGCGACAAGAUCGGCUGGCCCAACGGCCUCACCAUCGACUAUCCGAACAAGCGGCUCUACUGGGUCGACGCCAAGCUCAAAGUCAUCGAGUCCAUACAGCUGGACGGCAAAGACCGCAGGACGGUACUGCACGACGUGGCCAAGCAUCCGUACUCGAUCGCCAUCUUCGAGAACCGACUGUACUGGAGCGACUGGAACACCAACAGCAUCCACUCGUGCGACAAGUUCAGCGGCAAGGACUACAAGACCCUGUUCCAGAAGAACGAGACGGUCUACGGCAUCCACAUCUACCACUCGACCUUGAAAGUCAAGUACGCGAAUCCGUGCGUGACCAAGCCGUGCGCUCAGCUGUGCCUGCUGUCGGCCAACAAGAGCUUCUCGUGCGCCUGCACCCUCGACAAGGAGCUCAACGAGGAUCGCCGAACUUGCAGAGACUCGGUUAAGCGGAAACACAUUGCGAUCGCGGCCGGCAACACAAUCAUGGACUAUUAUCACGAGCUGCUCGGGAGGCCGAGAAUGAGCUCCAGCAUCACGUCGGAUCAUAUCACCGCGCUGACCUACGACUCGCUCGCUGAUACGAUAAUCGCCGCCGACGAGAUGAGCUACAAGUCGAUCUUUCGCUUCAAUCCGCGCACCGGCCUCGUCAAUCACAUAAUACCGAUCGUCAACGAGGUCGUGGAGAGCAUCGGCUUCGAUCACCUCGGCAACAAUCUCUACAAGAGCAACACCGUCCACAAGAAGGUCGAGGUCUACAGCCUGACGACCGGCGAGAAGACCGAGUUCUCCUACACGGAGAAUCCGUACGCGCUGCUGCUGAUCCCGGAGGAGGGCACGAUGUUCGUCGUGUUCCGGGCCAGCGACGAGUUCCACAUCGAUCGGCUGCAGAUGAACGGCCUGGGCUCGCGCACCCACGUGGUCGAGAGCGGCUUGUACGGGCCGACCGUCGCGCUGGCCUACGACGCGGACUCGAGGCGACUCUACUGGGCCGACGAGGGCACCGGUCGCAUCGAGAGCUGCGACCUGCAGGGCCAGCAGAGGCUGCUGUUUCGCACGGGCCUCCAGGCGCCCGUCUCGCUGGCCGUCCUCGACGCCGAGAUAUUCUGGACGUCGCACAGAUCGAGUCGGCUCAACUGGGCCGACAAGAGGCACAUCGUCUCGGGCAGCAAGGGCCUCAAUUUGCAGGUGCCGCACACCCAUCCGCUGCUGCUGCAGACGAUCGACGGCCCGCGUACCGGAGUCGAGCAUCCGUGUCGCGUCAACAACGGCGACUGCACGCACAUCUGCCUCGUCACCAACGCCACCAAACACAUCUGCGCCUGUCCAAGCGGCUACCUCAUCAAUACCGAUCUAAAGUCUUGCCGACUGAAGGCGAGCUGCGGCGACGACGAGAUCAGGUGCUCGGCCAGCGACAAGUGCAUCAAGAAGAGCCUCGGCUGCGACGGCAAGAACGACUGCCCGGACGGCGAGGACGAGCGGGACUGCAAGAUCGCCGCCACGACCGCUUCGUCCAGCCCUAAUUGUCGAGUCAGCGAGGAUCAGUUCGCUUGCUCGGACGGCAGCAGAUGCCUCGACCUGGCCCAGCGAUGCAACGGCUACUUCGACUGUCCGGACCACUCGGACGAGCAGAGCUGCCCCAGCAGCAGCAGCGGCAGCAACUGCACCAGCGACGAGUUUCGCUGCAGAAACGGCCAUUGGUGCGUCCCCAAAGCUUCGCUGUGCAACGGCGAGAACGACUGCGACGACUUCUCGGACGAGGAGAACUGCCACGCGGAUCACGCCUGCAAGGAGCACUUCUUUCGCUGCCGCAACGGCCUCUGCAUACCCAAGAACUGGGAGUGCGACGGCCAGGUCGACUGCUCGGACGGCUCGGACGAGUACGCCUCGUGCAAGCCCAGCGAGUGCGCCGCGAGCAUGUUCAGCUGCCGCAACGGGCGCUGCAUCGAUCUGCUGCUGCGCUGCAACGGCGUCGACGACUGCGACGACAACUCGGACGAGCUCGACUGCCCGAAUCAGGACAGGUACGACGCUCUGAUCUGCGGCUCGGGCGAGUACAGGUGUCGCAACAGCUCGCUCUGCGUCGGCGAGCGCCUGAAGUGCGACGGCCAGUCGGACUGCCCCGCGGGCGACGACGAGGAGGACUGCGGCAGGUGCCUCGCCGCCAGCCAGUUCAGCUGCGCCAACGGCAAGUGCGUGCCCCUCGACUGGCUCUGCGACAAGAGCGACGACUGCGGCGACAACUCGGACGAGGAGCACUGCGCCGAGCGCUCCAAGGGCUUCUCCUGGCUCACGCCGGUCGCCGGAGUAACUGCGACCUCAUCGUCCAGUCGGGGCAACUGCUCCGAGGGCGAGUACGCCUGCCGGACGACGGGCCACUGCCUGGCCCUGUUCAAGCUGUGCGACGGCGAGCGCCACUGCCUCGACGGCAGCGACGAGGGCGGCCAGUGCGCCACCGCCUGCCAGGACAGGUCGAGCUGCGAGAACGUCUGCCACAAGACGCCCCUGGGCCCGGUCUGCUCGUGCCGCGAGGGCUACAGCCUCGGGCCCGACGGCCACAGCUGCCACGACGUGGACGAGUGCGCCCAGGGCGUCUGUCCGCAGUUGUGCCAGAACAGGCCCGGCUCGUACGCCUGCUCCUGCUUCGAGGGCUACGCCCUGAGGCUCAAUCGGGUCUCGUGCAAGGCCACGGGGCCGCCCGUCAAGAUGAUCACCGCGACCAAGGACGACAUCAGGCUCAUGUCCCUGGCCUCGCAGCACCAGUCCCUCACGAUCCUCCAUCACGAGCCGGGCGUCGAGAUAUCCGGCCUGGACUGGAACGCGCGCGACAACAGCCUCUACUGGAGCAACGAGCUGGCCGGCAUGAUCAACAAGAUGAGCGUCGACACGAAGAAGCGCAGCACCGCCCUGAGCCAGGUGGGCCGGCCUCAGGUGUUGGCGGUCGACUGGAUCACCGACAACGUCUACUACUUCGACAACGGCCAGAGGCCGGCGAUCAAGGCCUGCAGCGUCGAGGAGGACAAGUGCGCCCGCAUCGCCGCGAUCGAGGCCGCCAACAACAAGGUGACGGCCCUCGCGGUCGAGCCGCUCAAGGAGUACCUGUUCUGGGCCCAGGUCUCCUGGAAGAUCUACGAGACGCCCAGUGGCCAGAUCAGGCGGAGCGACCUGGCGGGCGGCAACGAGCUGGUCCUCGUGCACGACAACGUCGCGGUGGUCAGCGGCCUCGCCCUCGACCAUCAUCGCUCGAUCCUCUACUGGGCCGACAACUCGCAGACCAACAUCGACUCGGUCAAGCUGGACGGCAGCGACAGGCGAGUCGUGCUGCCGGCCCUCCUCAUCAAGCCCAUCGGCCUGCAGCUGUUCGAGGACGCCCUCUACUGGAAGGGCGAGUCCACGCCGACCCUGAGGAAGCGCGAGCUCUACGGCGACAAGAGCUACAGCGUCAUCUCCGUGGGGGGCAACAACAUCAACGGCCUCUUCGUGAUCGCGCAGAUCUCGCGCCAGCCGAGCGGCGAGAACAGGUGUCGGCAUCGGGGCUGCCAGCAUCUGUGCGUGCACCGCGACCGGGAGGCCCUCUGCCUCUGCUCCGACGGCCGACCGGCCGAGCUCGACAACGCCACGGGAUGCGCCGUGGAGGUCCCGUCGUCGUCCACUGGCAAUAACGACGACGAGUCUAUCGUGCACCAGCUGCCCCGUAGCCGAGCGCGCGAUCGCCAGAGCGAGAUCGAGGCCGCCCAGGAGCAGCCCAUUCUGAGCCACCACGUUCCGAGCAAGAGUAACGACAACGACAACAGGAGCAUCGCCACUUACGCCGGCCUCGGCGUCACCUUCGUCGCCUUCCUCGUGCUCGGGGCCCUUUUCUUCUAUCUCAGGAAGCAGAAGCCCGGAUUCUUCAAGGGCCGAGAUCUCAGCAUACGUUUCCAAAAUCCUUCCUUCGCUCGCAGAAACAACAACAGCCAUCAUCAUCUGGGCACCAGCGGUUCCUUGCUCGUGCCCGGCGAGCACGAGUACUCCAAUCCCAUAACGGAGAUGACCAAUGCAAAGACCAAUCAGCAGGCAUUGGGCUCGAAAGGUAUAUUGGAGGUAGCGGGCGAGGCGUCCGAUGCGGAAACGGAUGAAAACUUUAGCACAAAUUACAACUCUCGACUGAUUCGUUGAUCUGCGCGCCUCGAGCGAAGCGGAAAUGAUAACAUCGAUCCUCCCCUUUUGUGUGUGAUGGUGAUGUGAAAAAAUUGUUUUUUUUUUUUUAAUUAUACCCUGCAUCGCAUUUUUAAGUAAUAUAUACAA